AUGGCAGGAAUUUUUAAUGGAACAAUGGGAACUGCAAAGCACAUAAUUUUUGCACAGAAUCAAAGGCCACCCAUGCUACCAAUUGCUGUAAUUGUGCAGUUUGAUAAGGACGAUUACAUAGGUCCAAGCUUUUGUGAAAAUAUGCCUAAUUGUGUGCCUAUUUUUCCAGUAACAUCUCAUAUUAAUGAUACAAAUGGACUAAAUCUUGAAAGACAGCAGCUGCCAUUAAAACUUGCAUGGUCCAUAACCAUUCAUAAGUCACAAGGGCUAACCCUUAAGAAAUCAUGGGUAGACUUAGGACCUUCUGAAAACGUUGCAGGACUAGCCUAUAUUGCCUUGUCAAGAGUACGUAAACUUUCUGAUCUUGUGAUUGAGCCAAUGGGCUUUGAAAGACUUCAGUCAAUUAAGAAGACAUCAAAUUAUAAAUUCCGUUUGUUAGAAGAAGCUAGGUUAAACAUUUUGGCAGAAAAGACUUUGCAUAAUUACGAAAACAACUUGCAGUGA